AUGCAUCGCCAUCAACACGUGCACCUGCACGGCGCACGACAGAACCCGUGGAGGGACGGCUGGGACUCGAUGACCAAGGCCGUCGGCGACGCCUUCCACCCAAAGAACCCGCCCCAGCCCCCGCAGCCCCAGGCGCCCUCGACGAAGACCGUCUACAUGACCAAGACCCCCGAGGGCUUCAAGGGCCAGCUGACGACGGUGCCGCCAGCCAAAGAGACGCCCAAGGCCCAAGCCCAGGCCCAGGUCGGCACGAGCUCCGCGUCCGACGCCAAGCCAACGACCAACAUCGCCGCCAAGGCCGUCGCCCAGUCCUCGAGCAGGGCGGGCGACACCCUCGCCACCGACGGCCCGCUGCCGCAGUCCAUCGUCCCCACGCAGAGCCCGACCAACGUCAGCGGCCAGCUCGCCGUCGACACCAACGCCCCCACGCAGACGCAGAGGCAGCAGGCCGGCACGCCGCUCAACCUGCCCGCCACGGCCACACCGUCCGCGGCCGCAUCGUCGGGCGGUAGCGACAGCACGGCCGCGAAAGCGGGCAUCGCGCUCGGGGUCCUCGGCGGCAUCGCCUUCAUCAUCCUCGCCGUCUUCUUCGUCUUCAAGAAGCGCCGCUCGAGCAUGGACAAGAGGCGCGCCGCCGACGACGAGAAGCUCAACGGCGGCCACGGGCCCUUUGGCGACCAGCACGCGAUCCCGGACGGCGCCGCCGCCGCCGCCGCAGGGGGGUCGUACCCGGACCGGCGCGCCAGCCGCGGCGCCAACAUCGCCAUGGUGCAGAGCCCCGGCAUGAGCAACCGCGGCGGCGGCGCGAGCGCGUGGGAGCGCCGCCCCUCCGAGUCGGCCGACCCGGCCAACCCCUUCGGCGACAGCGCCGAGCGCCUCCACACGCCGACCGCGGCCCGCCAGAACGCGGCGCUGCCGCCCGUGCCCACCGAGUCGACCACCGCCGCCUCGCCCACGUCGCCCAUCGGCACCGCCAUGGCCGGCGUCGUGGCCGGCGCGGCUGCGGGAGCCGCGGCGGGCGGCAUGAAGCGCAAGGCCUCGAUCCGCAAGGACGCGCCCAAGGCGCUCGACCUCACGCUGCCGCCCACCCUGUCCGCCGUGCCGCCGUCGCCCGCCGGCACCGAGUUCAGCAUGACCAUGGUCUCGCCCGACCAGCCCGCCGCGCCCUCGGCCAGUGCCGCCGCCAUCGCCGCCGCGGGCGGCCCGCCCUCCUCGACGGUGCACCGCGUGCAGCUCGACUUCAAGGCCACGCUCGAGGACGAGAUGGACCUCAAGGCCGGCCAGCUGAUUCGCCUGCUGCACGAGUACGACGAUGGAUGGGCGCUGUGCAUCCGCCUCGACCGCUCCCAGCAGGGCGUCGUCCCCAGGACGUGCCUGUCCACCCGCCCCGUCAAGCCGCGCCCGCACGGUCCCGGCCCCCGCCCCGGCCCGCCCGUCAACCCCCAGCGCGGCCCGGGCCCCAACUACCCUCCCCCCGGCCAGCGGCCCAUGACGCCCCAGGGCGGUGGUCCCGGCUACCCGCGUCCCCAGUCCCCCGCCGGUCGCCCAGGCCACCAGCCGCCGCAGCACCCGCCCCCGCAGUCUCCCUACGGGCCCGGGCCCGGCGGCCCUCGCUCGCAGAGCCCCGGCCCCCGCGCGCAGUCUCCCGGCCCCAGGUACCACCACCAGCAGCAAGGGCGGCCCCAGAGCCCCGGCCCCAGGGCGCAGAGCCCCGGCCCGCGGUACCAGCAGCAGCAGCAGGGCCGGCCGCAGAGCCCCAUGGGCAACCGGCGGCACAGCCCGCCUUCCCACCACGGGCCCAGCCCGAUGAACCAGGAGUACCGGCCCGGUCCGCCCGCCGCGUCAGGGAGUCCCAUUGAGCGGCGGCCGGUGCCUGGGCAGGCGUAUUAA